AUGACCUUAUCAGCCUCAUCCCUCUCCGGACCCUCAGAGGUGAAGAGUGCAGUUGGUGAAACAGUCCACAUCUCCUGCCAGUAUCACCCAUUCAACAGGGACAAGGUCAAAUUCUGGUGCAGGGGUUAUUACUGGUACUUCUGCACAGUUAUCAUUCGAUCUGAUCAACCUAAACAUCUGACCGGUGAUGUUCAGAUAUUGGAUGAUAAAACCCUUGGGUUAUUCACAGUCAGUAUGAAAGGAGCAACAGCUGAGGACAGUGGCUGGUACUGGUGUGCAAUUGAAAGAGCCAGCAGUCCUUUGGCGUUUCCUCUUCACCUGACUGUCUCUGAGUGGCUUGUAUCUCGGCUCAAAACAGAAACCACAAAACAGUACGACAAGACCUCAACUUCCCUAACAACGUUGACAACAUCACGAUCCACACCUUGUACGACUCAAACAACAAGUCUCAUAUCUGCUACAAGCAAUUCAACAAGUGUGACAGUGUCCUUGGAUCGAGACGAUCCAGUGUGGAAAGUAUGGAGAGUACUGCGCUGGAUGCUCUUCCUCUUCCUGUGUCUGUUCCUUGUUCUCUUCAGUAUACGAUGCCGUCGCUGAUAUUUGUACUAUUCCUGCCAGUGUAUCGCUUGCCUCAGUGUGUGCUACAUUUUCCCCAAAUCAA